AUGUUCAAAAAAGUGUUCAUGGAUAUCACGGCGGAUGGAGCGCCUCUCGGGAAGCUGGUUUUUCAGUUGAACACCGAAAAGUGUCCCAAAACUUGCGAUAACUUUCUGAAACUCUGCACUGGUGAGCUGGGAUUCGGAUACAAGAAUUGCGUCUUUUUCCGAGUGGUUCCGACAUUUUGUGCCUGUUCCGGCGACUUUGAAACCCAAAAUGCUCGUCGGGACGGCGGCAAGUCGACGUUUGGCACCAAAUAUUUUGAUGAUGAAAAUUUUGAGAUUCUACACGAUAAGAAAGGCAUCCUUGCAAUGGACAACUACGGUUGGGAGAACACCAACUCUUCGCGGUUCUAUGUGACAUUCCGCGAGACGCCAUGGAUGAACAACUUCCACGUGGCAUUUGGAGAAUUGGUUGAAGGAUUCGAUGUGUUGGAUGCCAUCGAACAGCUCGGCCUCCUAGAAGGAAAUGGACCACAGAAGGGGAGAACCAAGGCGAAGAUUGUGAUUUCUGAUUGUGGAAUGUAUGAGAAGUAA